AUGGAUCUCGUCGUCGUAGGAGUGAACGUCGAUGACCUCCUCGCAUAUGGUACGAGUGCUGCUGCGGCUGAUCGCUUAUUCGGCAGCCUCGCAUCGCUGCCUAUAAAGGACUUGGGCCGAUUCAGCAAGUUCCUCAAGAUGCGCAAGGAGCUAAAUGACGACGGAGGGUAUCGUCUGGACUAG